AUGCCUGAUCCCGCCAAGUCUGCACCAGCCCCCAAGAAGGGCUCCAAGAAAGCCGUGACCAAGACUCAGAAGAAGGACGGCAAGAAGAGGAGGAAGACCAGGAAGGAAAGCUAUGCCAUCUACGUGUACAAGGUGCUCAAGCAGGUCCACCCUGACACCGGCAUCUCCUCCAAGGCCAUGGGCAUCAUGAACUCCUUUGUCAACGAUAUCUUCGAGCGCAUCGCAGGAGAAGCCUCCCGCCUGGCUCACUACAACAAGCGCUCCACCAUCACCUCCCGGGAGAUCCAGACCGCCGUGCGCCUGCUGCUGCCUGGAGAGCUGGCCAAGCACGCCGUGUCCGAGGGCACCAAGGCCGUCACCAAGUACACCAGCGCCAAGUAACCUGCUCCGCCUCCUGCU